AUGACUAAAGCCCCUGAGGAUACACCGACCAUCUACAAAGACCUAGAAGAUGUUGUGCAAUUCCUAACGCCCAAGCUCCAGCACAGCAAGUACCUAGCCAGUACUGGGGCCUCUGCCCCACUGGCAAACGCGAAUGCCCCUCCUGUCGCUCUCUUCCUGUCCACGUCUCUGCAUGCUGACCUCCAGACCAAAGCAAGGCCGCCCACAGACCUGGCCCUGCGCCAAGCCUGUGCAGCUCCUCGGAAAAAUGAGCAUUUGCUCCAGGAUGCAAGAAGGAUGUCCCCUCGGGAAGCAGAAGGAACCUGGGAGAGACCUCGGUUCCCAGGGCUGCUGAGCUGCUUUGCCUGGGGUCCCUGGGGCCACAGGAAGGAACGAGAUGCCAUCCCCUCCCAAGGGUCAUCUCAGGAGACCCGGCAGGACUCCGAGGACGAGCUGGCUUUGACAGCAAUCUUCCCCAAUGGGGACUGUGAAGACCGAGGCAGUGGGCUCAGAGCCCUGGACAGGCCCACUUACCUGUCACAUGAGCAACCUCAAGACUCAAGAUGAAGGCUGGGCCUGGGGCUAUCACUGACUCCGAGCUACAGAUGGGCCCUGUCUCCAUGUCAACCUCACCUGGUGGAAACUAUGAAGACCCCAUCCACCAGGGGCUGCCACAUUCCCAGUUGCAAGUGAGGCCACAGGACUUGCUGGCACCAGCAGCACAUGGGAAAAACUGUCCUGUGGGCUGCUCCCCUCUUAGUAAUCACCCCCUGUGAUCAUGGAUAGUGAAGUCAUUUGGUCUCUCUGUGCCUCAGUCUCUCUAAGCUGCUGUUCUGUGGCAUCCUAGGUGUGCAGUGCACUGGACACAUGCACAAGAAUGCAACUGGCAAGGACUCCAGACCGUUCUUUGGAUAUGGAGUGCAGCCCUGGCUCUGUUCCAUGGUCUCUAGGGCUUGUUUCUCGAUGCCCAAGGGGGUGGUGCCAGCCAGAGGCUCUCCAAUAGGGACCAAGCCACCCCUCUUGGGCAGCAUUGAAAAUUUGUGUCUAAUGUGUGGCCCAGCAGGCACCAGUGUCACUGUGGGGGAGCCCCUAGCACUUAGCGGACAUCUCACAGAGUGCAGGACAUAUUCUCCAGCAGCAAAAACUUGGUUCGGCCAAAAUGCCAAUGUGACACCUUUGAGAGCCUGCAGAGGAGCCAAUCACUUUGCGAAAUGCUAGGAAGAGGCCCCUAAAGUGCUUUGGGCUUCCUGCCACUGUGGCUUCCAGAAGAGGCUGACAUGUGGGCGCUGCUUGGGCCACAGCAGGUAGGCCCAUGUGUUGCGGAGCAGGACAGAAAUAGCCACUCCUCCCCGCAAGAAGGAAGGGCCCCUCUCUGUUGUACUGAGGCUGACUGUGUGCCAGGCCCUUUGAAAUGCUGGCAGCUGCCCCGAUCCCAAGCAAAGCCCAGGCCCUGGGAUUCAAGUCUGCUCUAGGCAUCAGGUCUGAGCCCAGAGGUUCUGGGAUCUUGUCCUCUGUGUCUGACUCAGAUAGGGUGGACGGUGCUCCCUGCGGAGCUUGCAAGGCCAUCAUGCACUCACAGGGACAGUCACCUUUGCAUCUCUUGUCCUCCCUGCUGUCCCAGGAGAAAGCCUGGGAUGGCAGAGGCAGCUCCUGAUUGUUUCCAGCAGGAAGCACCUUGAGGGAAAGUAUCUAGACCCGCACAUUCUUGUGCGCCUUGCUCUGCGCAUGCUCCCCCCAGUGUGCCACACCCUGUCUGGGAUGCAGCCAAUGGAGAACAGGAAACCUUAGCCAAGGGGCUCUGGGAUGUUAAGGAAGGACCCUCCCUGCUCCGAGCCUCAGUUUUUCCUCUGUAACAGGGAACCCAGUCCUGCCCAUCAGUGGCAUCUCAGGGGAAGUGUAAAGGUAUCAAGACAACGUCUUCCCAAGGGGUUAGGUCUGAAUAAUGCAGGAAGGUUUUUCCCCCACAGAUGGGCUGGGUUGGCUUCCUUUACAGAAGGAUGAACUCAAAAGAAUUUUGGCUCAUGAAGUUUACUAAUUUCGUUUUAAGUGAGGAGACCUUGUGUCAUCAUAGCUGCUAUCUUUUUGCUAUUUCACUGUCAAUUUCUUUGUAAUGAUUUGGUUGGAAUUUUAUUAUUGAGUGGGGGUGAGAGAACUUCAAAGUUGGGAUUUGUCGAAGGCCCAAGUUAAAAGGUUAAACAAAUCUUUGCACUUGUUGCCAAUGUUUGAAAUUUGGGAAACUGCAUAUUAAAAAGUCUAGUUUUCUGGGUGGGAGGAGGGUUACCCCUUCCUGUGCCACGUCAUCCUGUCCCCAGCCCUGUGACCCUUCACUCAUGUGGACACCUGCUAGUUGCUAGUCCCAGUAGACAUUUGAGCUUGGUGACUCCAGGCUGAAUGAUUGUUUGCACAGUAUUUUCUUCACUACUUUCAUAACUUUUUAGGAAUAGCUGAAGAGGAAAGGUCUUUGUUUACUGAGA